UAAUCGUCAACUUAGAUCGAAGCUCCUUUAAAUAGACCAAAGAGUUAACUUCAUUUCUCCAUCUUCAUCUAAACACAGCAGCUUCCGAUUACAAUUCAGUGAAUUGAAGAUGUCAGGACGUGGAAAGGGAGGAAAAGGAUUGGGAAAGGGAGGAGCAAAACGACACCGUAAGGUUCUCCGUGAUAACAUUCAAGGUAUCACUAAGCCUGCAAUUAGGCGUUUAGCUCGUAGAGGAGGAGUGAAGCGUAUCAGUGGACUAAUCUAUGAGGAGACUCGUGGAGUUUUGAAGAUCUUUUUGGAGAAUGUGAUUCGUGAUUCUGUUACUUACACUGAGCAUGCUAGGAGGAAGACGGUCACUGCUAUGGAUGUUGUGUAUGCACUCAAGAGGCAAGGAAGGACUCUUUAUGGAUUAGGUGGUUAAAAGAAUGUGAAUUUCUUGUGUUUUGAUUAGUCAUUGUUGAAUCCCCUUCUAGAAGAUGACUGCAAGGGCGGAGCUAGGUAAGGCUCAAGGGGUUCAUCAGAACCACAUUUGGUAAGUUCGUUUCAAUUAUUUUUUAUGUUUAUAUAGUAGAUGUUGAAUUUCUUUCAACUUCUUUGUGUGUUUAGUUAUUGAUAAUUUGAAACCCCCUAGUGGAAGUGUUGGCUCUCUCAUUGCUGUAGUUGUAAGAAAUGAUAGGGUUGGUACCACUCUUGGCUCCUGUCAAUGCACCUAGUUUGGUCACGGGAAGGUGUAGAGAGCUUCAUAGUCGCGAUUUGGAGAGGGUGAUUGUUGAGAGAUUUGGUGUUGAUGGGGUGCUUUUGUGGGCAUGACACUCAAUGCAAUUGAUCUGGAGCUGCAUCCCUUGAGACCUUCAUGGCUUUGGCCUUUUGGAUAUAACUCACUUUAACCACUUCAAAUCCAAACCUGACCGAUGUGUUAGAUUGUCAAAGGUCUGGCUUUAGAUGUCUUGUUAAUUUGCUUGUUGCGAUGAACGAAAGAAUGGUUCCCUUAAUCGAAAAAUGCACAAUAUAUUCAUAAA